AUGAAGAUGAACUUCAAGACCUACGUUCUUUGUGCUGUUGCCGCGGUGUUCGCCACGUCAAGUAGUGCGCAGCCGUACUGCACAGUGGAGCUCGGCUGCGCUCUGAGCACUUUUUCUGAUCAUAAUCUCAAGCUCAGCGAGUGCUGUCGUAAGCAACCGAACUUUAAUGUUUGCUGCUCGGAAAGUUGCCUCAAAGGGCCUCCAUGCAACCCACAAUGGGGUAAGUGA